GUCUUUUCCACGUUCGCAUCUAAUCAAAAACACUAUAAAUGAGUAUUUGUUGCACAUAAAGCCCUUAAUUUACAUUAAUUGUACAUGUAACAAUUUAGCAUAAUAUUGCACAACAGACAGGUACACAAAGAUCAUAAACUUGUACGUUUAUAAUUUCAUGGGUUUUUUUUGUAAAUAUGUACAUUAGCGUUCAAGAAAGACCAGGUAAUAAAAAAAUUCAAAGGAAGCUCUUCUACUUUUCUCACAUCCAAAAGGAGAUCGAACACAAAUCAUGGGAUACAAAGAUAACGACAUUGUUAUCGUUAGUGCGAAAAGAACUGCAAUUGGCUCAUUUCGCGGAGCGUUAAGUUCGGUAAAGGCGCACGAUUUAGCUGCAGCAGUAAUAAAAAACAUUCUAGAGGAAGUGAAAUCUGUUAAAAGCGAUGAAAUAAGCGAAGUAAUUUUGGGUCAAGUUUUAACUGCAGGUCAGGGCCAAAACACUGCCCGCCAAGCUGCAAUUGGAGGUGGAUUGCCAACGUCGGUUCCAGCUAGCACAGUGAACAUGGUUUGCGGGUCAGGAUUAAGGGCUGUAGCAAUGGCUAAACAAGCAAUUGCAACAGGAGACUCAAUCAUAGUGAUGGCUGGAGGUCAAGAAAACAUGAGUCAGGCUCCUCAUUGUAUCGAUAUGAGGCCUGGGAUCAAGUUUGGUGAUGCAGCACUGAAAGACACAAUGUUGAGUGAUGGCCUGACAGAUGCAUUUAACAACUAUCACAUGGGCAUUACAGCCGAGAAUGUUGCAAAACAAUGGGAAAUCUCCAGGGAACAGCAAGACAAAUUUUCUGCUCAUUCACAAGAGAAAGCUGCCAAAUCAUUGAAGGAAAAUAUUUUUGAAAGUGAAACUGUGCCAAUUAACAUAACCACAAGAAAAGGUACAACUGUGGUCAAUAAGGAUGAAUAUCCAAAACCCGACACCAAUAUGGAAGCACUGGGUCGUCUCAAACCUGCAUUUGUUAAGGAUGGCUUGGGUACAGUGACUGCAGGCAAUGCAUCUGGUAUAAAUGAUGGUGCAGCUGUUGUCAUGGUGAUGUCCAUUCAAGAAGCCAUGAGGCAUGGUGUCAGCCCUCUGGUGAGAAUUGUUUCAUGGGCACAAGCAGGAGUAGAUCCUUCUGUGAUGGGAACUGGUCCAAUUCCAGCAAUUAAAGCAGCGGUUUCCAAAGCUGCUUGGAGUUUAAAUGAUGUUGAUUUCUUUGAAUUGAACGAAGCAUUUGCUUCACAAUCGUGUGCUGUAGUUAAAGAUCUUGGACUUGACCAUAAAAAAGUGAACGUUCAUGGUGGAGCUAUAGCGUUGGGCCAUCCCCUUGGUGCAUCGGGAUGCAGGAUUCUAGUAACAUUGAUUCAUACGUUAAUAAGGACGGACAAAAAGAAAGGUGUUGCUGCUUUGUGUGUUGGAGGUGGGAUGGGGAUAGCUAUGUGUGUAGAAAGAUGUUAAAUUUCAUUUUCAAAUUAUAUCACAAACGUUAUUGCAAACAAAUCUAUUGUAUUUGUAUAUAAAUCGUGAAUAAAGUUUAGAUAUUUUUCAUUUUUAA